CAGCAGCAGCAGUAUAUAUACAGGUCUCAGCCCCGCCUUCGUUCCUCACCGAAAUCUAGCAACGAACCGCAAAGCAGAAGCAGCGACAAAGAUCCAUCUUUGUGUCUCUUCUUCUGGCGACAGGGAUGGCGACCGCCGGGAAGGUGAUCAAGUGCAAAGCGGCGGUGGCAUGGGAGGCCGGGAAGCCGCUGUCGAUCGAGGAGGUGGAGGUGGCGCCGCCGCAGGCCAUGGAGGUGCGCGUCAAGAUCCUCUACACCGCCCUCUGCCACACCGACGUCUACUUCUGGGAAGCCAAGGGUCAAACUCCGGUUUUCCCUAGGAUCUUAGGCCAUGAAGCUGGAGGCAUCGUCGAGAGCGUCGGAGAGGGCGUGACUGAGCUUGUGCCUGGUGACCAUGUCCUCCCGGUGUUCACCGGCGAGUGCAAGGACUGUGCCCACUGCAAGUCAGAGGAAAGCAACCUUUGUGAUCUCCUCAGGAUCAACGUGGAUCGUGGCGUGAUGAUCGGCGAUGGGCAGUCUCGCUUCACCAUCAACGGGAAGCCGAUUUUCCACUUCGUCGGGACCUCCACCUUCAGCGAGUACACCGUCAUCCAUGUCGGUUGCCUCGCCAAGAUCAACCCCGAGGCGCCCCUCGACAAAGUUUGUGUUCUCAGCUGUGGCAUCUCAACUGGACUUGGCGCCACGCUCAAUGUCGCAAAACCAAAAAAGGGUUCCACGGUGGCGAUUUUCGGUCUUGGAGCUGUAGGACUUGCUGCCAUGGAAGGGGCCAGGAUGGCUGGGGCAUCAAGGAUCAUUGGUGUGGAUUUGAACCCUGCAAAAUACGAACAAGCUAAGAAAUUUGGAUGCACAGACUUUGUGAACCCAAAGGACCACAGUAAGCCCGUGCAAGAGGUGCUUGUCGAGAUGACCAAUGGCGGAGUCGACCGGGCGGUUGAGUGCACUGGCCACAUCGAUGCCAUGAUUGCCGCCUUCGAAUGUGUCCAUGAUGGGUGGGGCGUGGCUGUGCUGGUGGGCGUGCCGCACAAGGAGGCGGUGUUCAAGACCUACCCAAUGAACUUCCUCAACGAGAGGACCCUCAAAGGCACCUUCUUCGGCAACUACAAGCCGCGCACCGACCUCCCGGAAGUCGUGGAGAUGUACAUGAGGAAGGAGCUGGAGCUGGAGAAGUUCAUCACGCAUAGCGUGCCCUUCUCGCAGAUCAACACGGCAUUCGACCUCAUGCUCAAGGGGGAGGGCCUGCGCUGCAUCAUGAGGAUGGACCAGUAGAUCGCCACCUCCCAUCAUUCAUCAAUGUGUCUCGCUGUUUUCAGAUUUGGUGCUUGAGAAGCAAAAGAUAAAAAAACAAAAAAAUAGAAAUCUUCCCUUGGAUAAUAAUUUAUUAGUCGCGAGAUGUGUUCAUCUCUAUUGUCUCAGAGAGAACGGAUGGGUAUUUGUUUUGGGUUUGGUCUCAGUGUGUCGUCGGCAGCUUUCAGUUAGCAUGUAAAUUACUAUCAUUGUGCACAAUAGUAUUAAUAUCUUGCAGCAUCUGUCUUAA